AUGAUAAUAUUCCUCUAUUAUAAAAUUAUAAAACAAGGUUUCCUUAACUUUUUAUUAUGUAACAGUGAAAUUAGGGUUGGGUCAUUGAUAUCCAAGCCUGUCGUUGGGUUGGGGUCAUUGAUAUCCAGGCCUGUCAUUAGGGUGGGGUCAUUGAUAUCCAGGCCUGUCAUUAUGGUGGGGUCAUUGAUAUCCAGGCCUGUCAUUAGGGUGGGGUCAUUGAUAUCCAGGCCUGUCAUUAGGGUGGGUUCAUUGAUAUCCAGGCCUGUCAUUAGGGUGGGGUCAUUGAUAUCCAGGCCUGUCAUUAGGGUGGGGUCAUUGAUAUCCAGGCCUGUCAUUAGGGUAGGGUCAUUGAUAUCCAGGCCUGUCAUUAGGGUGGGGUCAUUGAUAUCCAGGCCUGUCAUUAUGGUGGGGUCAUUGAUAUCCAGGCCUGUCAUUAGGGUGGGGUCAUUGAUAUCCAGGCCUGUUAUUAGGGUGGAGUCAUUGAUAUCCAGGCAUGUCAUUAGGGUGGGGUCAUUGAUAUCCAGGCCUGUCAUUAGGGUGGGGUCAUUGAUAUCCAGGACUGUCAUUAGGGUUGGGUCAUUGAUAUCCAAGCCUGUCGUUGGGGUGGGGUCAUUGAUAUCCAGGCCUGUCGUUAGGGUGGGGUCAUUGAUAUCCAGGCCUGUCGUUAGGGUGGGGUCAUUGAUAUCCAGGCCUGUCAUUAGGAUGGGGUAA